GGAAAGAAGAAUCGAAGUUUUCCGAAGAGAGCAGGUACAUUGUUCCCUCUGCCCCGAGUCGCGCGAGUAUAUAAAACAGUCGCGAGCAGGGUAAUCCUCACAACCAGCUCACCGGACUGCAACAUGGUCUUCUCCCAUUGGGCUCUCGUUUAUCUGAACAGCGUGGUCUUGCUGUGCGGCGGCGUGGCAGGGCAGAGCAGGCAGCUGCCGGUGUGCAAAGAGUCUGAUUACCAUUAUGAAUACACUGAAUGUGACAGCCUUGGAUCCAGGUGGAGAGUGGCAGUGCCCCAUACUCCAGAAAUUUGCACUGGCUUACCGGACCCAAUCAGAGGCACAGAGUGCUCUUUCUCUUGCAAAGCUGGGGAGUAUCUUGAAAUGAAGAAUCAAGAAUGUCGGAAGUGCUCGGUGGGCACAUACUCUCUGGGAACUGGCAUCAGGAUAGACGAGUGGGACACGCUGCCGCCUGGAUUUUCAAACUUUGCCAUGACCCCAACUUUCGAGUUCCACAUGAGUGAGAGUAACUGCUCCAAUUCAACGUGGAUUCCCAAAGGAGAUUACAUUGCCUCCAGUGUUGAUGAAUGCACCUCCAUUCUGUCAUAUUCUGUCAACCUCAAGCAGUCUGGCAAAGUCACAUUUGACUAUUAUUACCCAGAUGCUAGGAUCUUCUUUGAGUUUUAUGUUCAAAAUGAUCAGUGCCAGUCAGAAGGUAGUCAAAACCAGUGGAUGCAAAUCACAGAAAAUAAAUGGAUUUCUUACAAUCUUGAUCUUCAACGAGGCAAUAAUGUGCUUUUCUGGAAGACAACUGGCCUUUCACCGGACUCAAGUGUACCCAAGCCUGUUCUCAUCAGAGCAGUGGACAUUACAGGAGUUGCCUACACUUCUGAGUGCUUUCCUUGUAAAGCUGGCACAUAUAGCUCCAAGCCUGGCUCUUCCAUCUGCAGUCCAUGCCCAGCAAACACAUACUCAAACAAAGGAGCCACAGUGUGCCAGCAAUGUGACAAAAACAGUUACUCUGAAACUGGGUCCGGAACAUGCCAGAAGCGUCUAUCUUGUACUGAAAAAGAUUAUUUCUACAUUCAUAUGCCCUGUGAUGUCAAUGGACAGACUCAACUGAUGUAUAAAUGGACAGAACCCAAAAUCUGCAGUGAAGAUAUCAGUGGGUCAGUGUCACUGCCAGCAUCUGGUGAGAAGGUUGAUUGCCCACCUUGUAAUCCAGGCUUCUUUAAAACUAACACUUCAUCUUGCGAGGCCUGCCCUUUUGGAUUUUACUCAAAUGGCACAGUGUGUACAAAGUGUCCUGCAGGUACUGAGCCUGUGCUGGGCUUUGAAUACAAAUGGUGGAAUGUGAAGCCAGACAACCUGAAGAGCAAAAUAUACCGAGCAGAUCUCAGUGAAAGCGAUGAGUUUACGGGUUGGGAGGUUGCCGGAGACUACAUCUACACAACUCCAGGUCUGGCUGAUAACGACUACAUGACUCUCACUUUAAAUGUUCCUGGAUUUAGAUCUCCACAUUCUGUUUCUGAUGAAUUCUUGAACAGUGAGCUGGCAAGGGUAACAUUUGUCUUUGAAACCAUAUGCAGCGGCGACUGCAAGUUUUACUUUAUGGCGGGUACGAAUGAAAGGCAUACCAAUUCAGUUGAACAGUGGAGCGACUCUGCUUUCAAACAGUCUUAUACAUACAUUGUGACUUCUAACUACACAACAAGCUUUACCUGGGCAUUUCAGCGUACAAAAAGCCAAUCUAUGGAAAGAAAAUUCAACAGUGAUAUGGCGAAAAUCUACUUCAUUAACGUGACAAAUGUGGUAAAUGGUGUGGCGUCACGGUGUCGUCACUGUGCUCUGGGCUCAUCACAAUCAUGUGUCCCCUGCCCUGCAGGACACUACAUAGAGGUGGACACUGGUACCUGCCACCAAUGCCCUUCUAACACCUUCCUCAACCUGGAGCAUCCGUAUGGACCCAAGGCAUGUCUUCCUUGUGGAGAUCACACAAAAAGCAACCUGAUGCAGACUGUUUGUUUCAAUGACUGUACAUUUGAAGUAACUAGACAGGAGCAGCUGUUUCACUUUGACCUUAGCCUUUUGUCCAAUGGCACAACAUUUCUCAUGGGCCCAAGAUUCACGUCUAGAGGCCUCAAGUACUUCCACCAAUUCAGCCUCAGUGUCUGUGGAAACGAGGGAAGGCAAAUGGCUUUCUGCAUCGAAAAUGUCACAGAAAGUCGAGGAAUCCGGUCUUAUGUCUGUCAGUCAACUAUUUUACCUUCAGAAAUGAGGGGCGUGAAGAACAUCAUUUCAUCACAGCCUUUCAGCCUUGCAGAUAGACUCAUAGGUGUCACAGCUGAGAGCACUUUCCACAAUAUCACCUCACCAGAUGAUUUGUUUCCUGGUAAGACUGACGUGCCCGACAUCAUCUUUUAUUUCAGGUCCAAUGAGAGGACUCAGGCGUGUAAAGAUGGAAGAGCAAGUGCAGUCCGGCUAAGAUGUGAUCAAACAGCGGUGGCCAUAGGAGGAACUGUGAGCCUUCCAAGCAAGUGUCCGGAAGGAACAUGUGAUGGCUGCACAUACCACUUUCUCUGGAUGACGGCACAUGCGUGCCCUCUUUGUUCAGAGCGUGAUUACAAAGAGAUUGAAACCGAGUGUGUCCAGGGAGUCCAGAAAACAACUUACAUGUGGAGGACACCCCGACUCUGUGCUGCAGGUGUGGAAUUACCAAUGGAGAAGGUGAGGGCAUGCAAAUCCAUGAGCUUCUGGAUUAAACUGGGAUUGUCCACAGGCACACUGAUGGCUGUUCUUCUAGUGGCAAUAAUAUGCUACUUUUGGAAAAAAACACAAAAGUUAGAGUAUAAAUACUCUCGGCUAAUGAUGAAUUCUAACUUGAAGGACUGUGAGCUUCCAGCUGCGGACAGUUGUGCCAUAAUGGAGGGAGAAGAUAUUGAAGAUGAUUUACUAUUCUUGACAAAAAAAUCUAUUUUUGGGAAAAUCAAAUCUUUUUCGUCUAAGAGGACUUCUGAUGGCUUUGAUUCUGUUCCACUGAAGACAUCCUCUGGGCAAAAUGACAUUGAGCUAUGAAGCAGGCCAACCCAUCCAAAUCUCAAAAGUGGGGGGAAAAAACCUGUAGAAUUUUUAAUUUUUUUUUUUCUUGUGGGCCAACUAACACCUUCUGCAGAAGACCUUUUCUUUUUAAUAGGGCUGGGAUAUUUUUUUAGCUUGUUAACAUUUUGUAGAUAAUGACUACUCUUGAUAAUUAGAACUCACUGCCUUUGUGCACAGACCCACAGACCCAUUUGCAGUAAGCGAGCGCACUGCUUGUUCUGAGAGCCCACCUCACUUGUGUCAGUGAUGGAGCUGCUUGUCUUACAGUAUUCAGUCAAAUAUACAGUGUGGGGUGAAAUAAAACUGGUUGUCUAUAAUUUAGUCCCUGCACUUUGGACUGUACUGUGACAAAUUAAAAUAGAACGGGAAGGCUGAUGCCCAGCUCUAGUGUCCUGGGUUCAAAAUCUGCUCUGGUCACUGUCUGUGCUUGCCAGCAUUUCUCUCCCUCAGUUCCAAAGUCGUUAGGUUAGGUUACUUGAUUAUGUGUGUGAAAGUGCCCCUCAGUGGACUGGCACCCCACAGGGUUUGUUCCUGCCUUCCACACCUCUGAAGUGGAUUAAGCAGGUUUGAAAAUGGUUUACGCAGGUAAAUGAAAGGAUUAUUCGAUAGUUCUCACUUAUUAUAAAUAAUGUGAAAUAGGACUUCUGCACUAAGGCAUUGUUUAAACUUGGCUGUGAAAGAAAUGUUAGUUUUCCUGUUGUACUUUUUGUAAAAUACUACAAGCAAAACGUGUAGAAACCUAGAGAAUCACCUCAGGAAAUUUGCAGAUGUUACAUUUCAGCAGACCAAAAAUUGGUCACAGCAGUGAUUUUCACAUGUCUCCGACUUCUGCCUUCAGGUUGAUUUAUGGCAACAGCUCCUCCUUUCCUGGCAUGUUGUUUAAUUCAUGCAUCUCCCGUUAGGUUAUCUAUAUAGCUAAUGUGAAAAGUAAGUACCCCCCGUGAAAUGUUUUUCUUUUUACCAUAUGUGGUCUUAAACCAAGAUUUGAUCUUUGCUUAAAUAGUAUCAUUAGAUCAAGGUACUGUAACCGAAAAAAGCAAUGAAAAUUUGACAUCUCGAUAAUGUAUUCAACAAAAACAUGACAUCUGCAGAAAACGCAAGUCCACCCUUGGUUUUGUAUUGCCCCCUCAAGUAGCUGUUUCCUAUAACUGUCUAGCACUCUCUGACUUUGACUGUGAGAGUUUGUCCCUUUCCUUCAUGUAGAAUGCUUUCAGUUGUGUGAUAUUUGAGGGGUGUCUUACACGCACGGCUUGUUUCAAAUCUCCCUGACAGCAUCUUGCUGGGAUUCAGAUCCAGGCUUUAGCUUGACCAAUCUGGAACCCUCCAUUUUUUUAUUUUCAGCCAUUCCUUGGUGUAUUUACUGAUAUGUUUAGUGUCAUUGCCAUGUUGCAAGGUCCACUUUCAAUGUAACUUUAAUACUCUCACAGAUGGUCUCACAUUAUCCCGAAGCAUCCUCCGGUACAAUAAAGAAUUCAUUGUAGAUUCUUUGAUUGUGAGCUUCCCAGGCCAUAAUGCAGCAAAGCAGCCCCAAACUAUAACAUGCCCCCCACCAUCCUUUACAGCUGGUAUCAGGUUCUUCUGGUCAAGUACCAUCUUCGGCUUUCAUUAAACAUGUCUGGUACUGUAGUGGAAUAACUAUCUUUGUCUCAACUCUCCACAGCACGUUGUUUCAGAAGUCCUUGUCUUUGCUACCCAGAAAGAACAUCAGGUUUGCCCAUAAACCCAUAGGCAAAGGUUUGCUCCUGCCACAUUUCCCAUGUAGACCUAAUUUAUACAACCUGUUUGUAAUGGUAGACUUGUUCACUUUGAUGUCAGCAGAUGCAAGAGCUAUCUGGAGGUCCCAUGAUGAAAUUCUGAGGUUCUUAGACGCUUCUUUCAGCACCUUGCAUUCUGCCCUUGGCAGAUCUUGCUGGGACGACCUGGCCUGGGCAAGUUGGCAGUUAUUUGAAAUCUUCCCUGCUUGUAGAUGAUCUUCUGGACAGUGAAAUGGUUGGUUUCCAAUUGUUUGGAGAUCUUUUUAAAUCCCAUUCUAGAAUCCUAGGCAUCUAUAACUUGCUUUCUGAAGGCCUCUUUUGAUCUUGGCAUGGUAAUGACACACAUUUCAGAAACAAAGAGCAAACCAAACUAAAUGUCAGAUGUUUAAAUAAGAUGGGCUCUGCCUAGAACCUCUCUAAUGAUGUUCUAAUCCUUUGUACCUGAUCUGGUGCACCUAAUUCUAGGUUUACGUGUUUGAGGUAGUGAUCAAUUUGUAUACUUAGUUUUUCCAUACAAAAAUUUGUAUUUAUGUCUAUUUAAAUUAUACAGUGGACUACAAAUGUAUAUGUAGCAUUAUGUUUGUUAUAUCAGCUUUAUUGAUGCAUACUGUUUAAAUGAUGAUGAAAUUUAUCUUGGUAUGUCCAUGUGUGUAACAUGUAGAAAUAUUUCAUGGAGUGUACUUACAUUUUCUCAUACUACAGUUUUAUUAUACAUAUACUAUUUGAUAUAUACAUACAUUUUAACUGUGAAGUAAUUACAAUUUUCCCCUGCAGCCAAUGUGAUCUGUUAAAACACUUCACAAGGAAACAGUAAACACAAUGAUAAGGCAUAUUAACCUUUAAAGAGAGCUGCAAAUGGGUUCAAAUUAUUGAUAAAUUAAUAAUCAAUCCACUUACAGUUACAAAUGCAGCAUAGAAAAAUCAGCUGAAUCUUUUCAGAUAUCUGACUUUGUGGUUUCUGCCAGACAGUUCAUAUCUUCUGGAAGGCAUGGACUGUGAGCUGACAGUCCUUGUGGUCUCCGAGUGUUGAUCAGACACGUACUCCCUUUUAAUUUACCUUUAAUAUGUUUUUCAAGAAAACCAGAAUUUCUCCUUUAAUUUAAUGUUUAAUUAAUUUCUAAAAGCUAGUUUGGAACCUUCUCUAUUACAAGCAAACUGGUUUGAAGGCACCCCAAAAGAGUGGCUUAGAAAUAAACACUGCCAGUAUUUUUAAUCGUAUUACUCCUUAUCCCAGCCUUUGUUUUUAACAUAUAUGGAUUUGCUUUGGCACACCCAAGUGGUCUUAGUUUCAUUUUUUUUUAUUAUGCAUAUAUUGUAAAUACACUAUUGCUGGACUUGCAGCACAGAUUGUUCUUCACUGCUUCCUGUGACAUUUAUUUUCUGUGUUUAAAUAUUGAAAAACAAGAUGAGCUGCACUUAUGUGAUCUUCAGAUUUUUAUUUGAUUGGGAAAGAUUUUUGUUUGUCUUUUUUCUGGUUGUAAGAAACUGUUACAUUUUGUGUCAUUUGUAUGAAGAAUUUGGCCAUUUCUGAGACAACUGUUAUAGCUAUGGCCAGGUUUUUUUUUCUAACCAAAGAUAUGAAACAUGUCCUCCUCUUGUCAGGUUUAAAUAAAACAAAUGACAGAACCUAGCAUUCUGAGGCUGGGUUAGUCCGCUCUCUUGAGCGGGUCAGGUGUGGUAGGAGCUCUGUCCUGCAGUCCUCCUUCUGGGGGCACCCAGGCUUUAUAGAGGUCUGAGUAGAAGGGGCAAAGUCAGUUGCCUUCGUUGGGCGUCUUCUGUUGCUGGAAAGGGAGAUGACCCACUUAGCGACAGCGCCCCCUGUCGCUCCAGAGUGGUGUUACAUACUUCAGAUGAGCCCAGAAGGCGCUCCUCUGACCCGCACGUGUGAUUACAUACUGUAUAUGUAUCCCAAAAUAC